AUUAAAACUAAUGGAGACGGCAAAACACGAUUACGAGCAGUUCGAUAACUAUGAUGAUGUGGGUAUCCAUCACUACUUAAAUGACAACACUCCUAUUUUGAACGGAGUUGUCAAGCACAGAUACUCAGACUUUGUGGUCAAUGAGAUCGACCCUGAAGGCACCAUCGCAACUAUUUCAAGAGAAACAGACGUGGUGAAGGAAAUAGAGAUUUUAGAGAAAUCUAAAGAGGAAAAUAAGAAAGAAGAGGGUGACCCAAGUGAACAAGGUCCCAAAAAGAUUCAAGUCACUGAAGAAGCAAAAGCUGUCAUUUCUGAAGUUCUCCCAGAAGAAGGUGACCGCCUUCUUGAGCAUAUAAGAAAGAUUAAUGAAGGACUCUGUGAAAGGACAGAAGAGCUUGCUCUAGACCAUAUUGAAGAUAAAGAGAGGAGGACCAAGGUUCAUCACCUGUUCAGAAACCAUAUCUCAGACUUUGAUACAUACACAAAGCAGAUAGAUGGAGAGAAGAAGAUUAUGGUGCUCUUAAAGUCAAGCAUCUCUAAGAAUAAAAGAAAGAAACUUAAGAUGCAAAGUGAUAAAGAGGAAUUCCCUCAUAUCAAAGUAGUGAUGUACAAAGAGAGUAUUGAAAGCAUGCAAGCAAUCUUCAAUUUCUCAAAACUAGUCAAGAAACAAGCUAAAUACUUUGGAAUUGCGGGAAAUAAGGAUAAGAGAGGGAUUACGUUCCAAAAUGUCACCAUUAGUUUUGGAAAUCUGGGAAAUAUUAAGAGAGCACAAACCAACCCGCAGUGGAUCAGAAAGAUCAAGAUAGGAAACAUCCAGAAAGUGAAGAAACUGAUCAAACUUGGUGAUUUAUCAGGAAAUAGAUUCUCUCUUGCAAUCAGGUUCAUUGAAGGCGUCACUGAUGAGGAAAUUAAGCAAAAUGUUGAAAAUAUUUCAACAAAUGGAUUCCUCAACUACUUUGGAAUGCAAAGAUUCGGAUGUUUCAACAUCAUGACUCAUACCAUUGGAAAGGAAGCUAUAAAGCAAAAUUGGAAAGAAGUCAUCAGAAUGAUGCUAUCUCAGUAUCCUAGAAGUGGAGUUGGUAAAGACAGGAAAGAAAGCAUAGCUAGGCUUGCACUUGAAGAUGAAGAUCUUGAUGAAGCUCUGAAGCUUGUUCAGCCAAGAGAUAGACUUGAGAAGGUUAUCAUUCUAACUCUAAAGAAGCAUAAGAAUGGAUUCAGGAAUGCUUUUGAUUCGAUAGCUAGGAAUACCAGAAUCAUCUACAUCCAUGCUUACCAAAGUUAUAUUUGGAAUAAAGUGACUAGCACGAGAUUUGAAAAGUUUGGGACCCAAGUCUUAGUGGGAGACCUAGUAUCCUCAACGUUUGAUAACACUGAAGAGAUCUAUGAGGACAACGAUAAGGAUAAAGAUUACAACAAAAAUAUAAAAUUUGUGACUGAAGAAAACAUCAAAGAUUUCACUAUUUUUGAUGUAGUCAUGCCAAUGAUUGGAAAGAGUAUUCAGUUGCCAGAAAAUGAAGAUCUUAAGAAACUUUACCUUGAGUAUAUGGAGGAAGAUGGCAUUACAAUUGAAAUGUUCAAGAGUAAAUCGAUGGAAGGAGGAUGUUCUCAUGGAGCCUAUAGACACAUCAUAUCUAAAGCCAAGGAUAUCGAGUAUGAUACAGUAGAGUUUGCAGAUAAGGAUCAAGAUUUGCUAAAUCCUUUCUACAUCACAGAUGGGAAGGAACUUGAGGUCCCAGCUCCAGUAGAAGAUGAAGAGAAAUUCAGAGCUUUAAGAAUAAAAUUCAGCCUUCCGCCAUCAUCCUACGCAACUAUAUUUGUUAGGGAGUUGACACACCAAUAAGAUUUUUCA